GCUGGUGCAUGUGGGCUCUCCGCUCGGUACUGCUGUUGCGCUCCGCGGCCGGGCGCGCCAUGUCGCAGGGACCCUCCCGCCGCCAGCGGCCGCCCAAGGAUCCGCUGCGGCACCUGCGCACGCGGGAGAAGCGCGGCGCGGCGUGGGAGCCCGGGGGGCCGAACACCGUGUACCUGCAGGUGGUGGCGGCCGGCGGCCGGGACGUGGGCGCGGCGCUCUACGUGUUUUCCGAGUACAACCGGUACCUCUUCAACUGUGGGGAAGGCGUGCAGAGGCUCAUGCAGGAGCACAAGUUGAAGGUGGCUCGUUUGGAUAAUAUAUUCCUGACCCGGAUGCACUGGUCUAACGUGGGGGGGUUGUGUGGAAUGAUUCUUACCUUAAAGGAAACCGGCCUCCCGAAGUGUGUGCUUUCUGGACCUCCACAACUGGAAAAAUACCUAGAAGCUAUCAAGAUAUUUUCUGGUCCAUUGAAAGGAAUAGACCUGGCUGUGCGGCCCCACUCGGCACCAGAAUAUAAGGAUGAGACCAUGACUGUCUUCCAGGUUCCCAUAUACAGUGAGCAGAAGUGUGGAGGGCGCCAGGCAUCACCGAGCCCAGAGCGACUCAGUCCAGGACGGUCUUUGGAUUCCGGAUCUGCUGAAAACGAGCAGCACCUUCCAGAUGGUAUUGGCCAGAAAAAGAGCGGCAGGGACCCCUCCUUGGUUGUAGCUUUCGUCUGUAAGCUUCACGUGAAGAAGGGAAACUUCCUGGUGCUCAAAGCCAAGGAGCUGGGCCUGCCAGUCGGGACAGCUGCUAUCGCUCCCAUCAUUGCUGCCGUCAAGGACGGGAAGAGCAUCACUUACGAGGGCAGAGAGAUUCUGCCCGAAGAGAUCUGUACUCCUCCGGAUCCUGGUCUUGCUUUUGUUGUGGUAGAAUGUCCAGAUGAAGGAUUCAUUCAGCCCAUCUGUGAGAACACCACCUUCAAGAGGUACCAAGGCCAUGCCGACGCCCCUGUGGCGCUGGUGGUUCACAUGGCCCCACAGUGUGUGCUUGAGGACCCCAGAUACCAGCAGUGGAUGGAGAGGUUUGGGCCCGCCACCCAGCACCUGGUCCUGAACGAGAGCUGCCCGUCCGUCCACAAUCUCCGCAGCCACAAGAUCCAGACGCAGCUGAGCCUCAUCCACCCUGCCAUCUUCCCCCCACUCGCCACCCCCCAGCGCCAGGAGGAACACGCCGCCCUCCCUGUGCCCACAGUCCGGGGCGAAUGUCUCCUCAAGUAUCAGCUCCGUCCACGGAGGGAGUGGCAGAGGGAUGCUGUCGUUGUCUGCGAUCCCAGUGAAUUCAUUGCUGAGGCCCUGGAGCUCCCCAACUUCCAGGAAAGCGUGCAGGAGUACCGCAAGGCCACGCAGGCCAGCCCAGACCCAGCAGAGAAGAGAACCCAGUAUCCAGAAAUCGUCUUCCUCGGGACGGGCUCCGCCAUCCCGAUGAAGAUCCGAAACGUCAGUGCCACGCUUGUGAACGUAAGCCCUGACAGGUCGCUGCUCCUGGACUGUGGCGAGGGCACGUUUGGGCAGCUGUGCCGUCACUACGGAGACGAGGUGGACAGGGUCCUGGGCACCCUUGCCGCUGUGUUUGUGUCUCACCUGCACGCGGAUCACCACACGGGCUUGCUCAAUAUCCUGCUGCAGAGAGAACGGGCUCUGGCGUCCCUGGGGAAGCCGUGUCCCCCGCUGCUGGUGGUGGCCCCGACCCAGCUCAAGGCCUGGCUCCAGCUGUACCACAACCAGUGCCAGCAGCUGCUGCAGCACGUGAGCCUGAUUCCUGCCAAGUGCCUUCAGAAAGGAGCGGAGGUCUCUAGCCCCGCCGUUGAAAGACUGAUGGGUUCGCUGCUGGAAGCGUGUGAGCUGGCGGCGUUUCAGACCUGCCUGGUGCGGCACUGCAAGCACGCUUUUGGCUGCGCGCUGGUCCACACGUCCGGCUGGAAAGUGGUCUACUCCGGGGACACCAUGCCCUGCGAGGCCCUGGUCCAGAUGGGGAAGGACGCCACCCUCCUGAUACAUGAGGCCACGCUGGAAGACGGCCUGGAGGAGGAGGCCGUGGAAAAGACACACAGCACCACAUCCCAGGCGAUUGGCGUGGGGGUGCGGAUGAACGCGGGGUUCACCAUGCUGAACCACUUCAGCCAGCGCUAUGCCAAGGUGCCCCUCUUCAGCCCCGACUUCAACGAGAAAGUGGGGAUCGCCUUUGACCACAUGAAGGUCUGCUUCGGGGACCUCCCGACAGUGCCCAAGCUGACCGCGCCGCUGAAAGCCCUGUUUGCUGGUGACAUCGAGGAGAUGGAGGAGCGCAGGGAGAAGCGGGAGGUGCGGCUGGCGCGGGCGGCCCUGCUGUCCCAGGAGCAGGCGGCCGGCCCUGAGGACGGGAUGUCCCCACACAAGCGGGCCCUUGCAGAGCAGCCUCAGAGCCCACAGAGCAAGAAAGUCAGGGCACAGUGAGGGCGCGGGAGGGACCUGGGACUCGGGAGGCCGGCAUCCUUCGCGUGGCACGGAAUGGGCUCCUGGCCUGGUGGGAGCCAGAGGGCUCCGCUCAACGGGGAGGCACUGGGGUGCAGGGUGGUGUGCACCCAGGCCUCGGCAGAGACCCCUGCAUGGGGAUGGCCCUGCUGGAUGCCUGCUACGGCCGGUCCUGACAUGACUGCGGGCCGUGAGGCUGCUGGAUGGAAGAAUGGGGACAACUGGACCUUGGUACAAACCGCUUUUUAAAGAAGUCACAUGGAAAAACGGCAUGCCCACGCCUGCUCCGGCCAAGUUACUCGCUCUGCACGCCUGAGGCAAGCCACGUCCGGGAACGCUGGGUCGUGGGCAGGACUCCAGGAAUAGCCUUUCCAAAGACGGAACACUGGGACGAGGCCGCCUGGGACCUGAAUGCUCUGCUUCGUCCCAGUGCCCCCUCCGAGCAGUGUGUCCCUGCCCUGCAGGGUUGCGCUGUCUGGUACCCAGCGUGACCUGCAAGCCAGCUCUGAUCGCAGCGACGACCCAGGCAGCUGCCAUCCUGCUGUAGCCUAGUUUCUGACCGAGUCAAGCCAUGUCAGCGACUCAGGAACAGCCAUGUCUUCCCGCAGUCCCAGGGGGAGGUGGAGGCCACCUGUGUGCUUUGCCCCACGGCGAGAACAAGCCCCCGUCACCGCCUUCUUUUGGGAGAAUUAAUUGGACGUCAGGCGGGCCAACCCGCCCUCCUUUUGGGAUUUGACAACACUGAGGUUAGUGUAUGGAAAUGAAAUCAUCUGAUUAAUUUGGUACUUAUUUGUGAGAACACGGAGCUUGAAAAGCUCAGGUGAUGUGGAAGACAGACUGAGGAGUUAGCCUGGCUCAGCCGUGACCUCCGAUGUCCUCCUGAGGGGCACCUGCAUGGACACAUGUCCCCAACAAGCUUAUCAACACAUGAAGAGAGGCCACGCUCAGGGAUAAUAAACCUAUUUUAAUAACA